CCAAAAGCGAGCCACGCCCCAGGGAGUCUGACCGCCUACCCUUCCGAAGUGCACGCCCCUCCUCCUUAGUAACCAACAGGACUCUUUCACCUUAGCAACUACUACAGCUGCCACCAUGGCUGAAGAGGAAGUUCCUGCAGUGACUGAGCGAGUUCUGAAGAUACAGAGGGUGUUCAUAAACCAGCUGGACACCUACAGCAGCGGAAACAUAGGAAAGUUCCUCUCUAACUGUGUUGCUGGGGCGUCACUGGAAGAGAUUGCAGAAGAGGAGGAGGAGGAAGAUGAACCAAAGUCAGCAGCCCCAGAAGCUUCUACUGCAAAAGUAAAGGAAGGCACCUUCCAGAUCGUGGGCACCUUGGCCAAGCCAGAAAGUGUCAAGCCGGACUUCGCAGUGGAGACGUACUACUCAGCUAUCUCCCGAGAAGACCUCCUCACACAUCUGCUGGAGUGUGAUGUUAUCAUCUAUAACAUCACCGAAAAUUCGAAGCAAGUGGAGGAAGCCGUGUGGGCAGUCUCUGCAUUGAAUGAAGAAAUUGUCCAUUUUGAAAAGAGGAAGGUGUUCAUUUUGCUGUCGACGGUGAUGACGUGGGCGAGAUCCAAACCUCUGGACCCUGACGACACUGAGGUUCCCUUCACAGAAGAGGAUUAUCGAAGAAGAAAGCAUCACCCUAACUUUCUGGACCACAUCAAUGCAGAAAAGAUAGUUCUCAAGUUUGGAAAAAACGCCAAAAAGUUUGCAACUUAUGUAGUAGCUACAGGACUUCAGUAUGGAGCAGAAGGAGGGAUCUUACACGCCUUUUUUAAGAUGGCUUGGCUGGGCGAGAUCCCUGCACUACCUGUUUUUGGCGAUGGAUCUAAUGUCAUUCCAGCCAUCCAUGUUCUUGAUCUCGCAGGAGUGAUCCAGAACGUCAUAGACCAUGUGCCAAAGCUUCACUAUCUGGUGGCUGUGGACGAGUCUGUCCACACCCUGGAAGACCUGGUCAAGUGCAUCAGCAAAAAUACUGGCCCUGGAAAAAUCCAGAAAGUACCCAAAGAAAAUGCUUUCCUAACAAAGGACUUGACACAAGAGUAUCUUGACCACUUACUGGUCAACCUGAGGAUGGAGGCACUGUUUGUGAAGGAGAAUUUCAACAUCCGCUGGGUUGCCCAAGCAGGAUUUGUGGAGAACAUCAACAGCAUCCUCAAAGAGUACAAACAAAGCCGAGGACUACUGCCAAUCAAGAUCUGCAUUCUUGGUCCUCCUGCUGUGGGAAAAUCCAGCAUCGCUGAAGAAUUGGUCAAGUAUUACAAACUACAUCACAUCAAAAUAAAGGAUGUGAUUUCUGAAGCCAUAGCCAAACUGGAGGCGAUUGUUGCACCCAAGGAGUCAGGGGAAGGAGAAGAGGAAGGCGAAGAGGAGGAAGAGGAAGAAAAUGUGGAUGAAGCCCAGGAGCUCCUAGACGGCAUCAGGGAUUGCAUGGAGCAGAACGCAGGUCGCCUAGAAGAUCAAUAUGUAAUUCGGUUUGUGAAAGAAAAGCUCAAAUCUAUGCCUUGUAGGAACCAAGGCUACAUUUUGGAUGGAUUCCCAAAGACCUAUGAUCAAGCAAAAGAUCUGUUCAAUCAGGAAGAUGAAGAGGAAGAAGAAGAAAUCAGAGGCAAAAUGUUUCCCUUUGAUAGAUUAAUUACACCUGAAUUUGUGUGUGGUCUGGAUGCCUCUGAUGACUUUCUGAAGGAGCGAGUAAUGAACCUCCCGGAGAGCAUCGUGGCGGGGACUCACUACAGCCAGGACCGAUUCCUCCGGUCUCUGAGCAACUACCGGGACAUUAAUACUGAUGAUGAGACCGUCUUCAACUACUUUGACGAAAUUGAAAUCCACCCAAUACACAUUGAUGUAGGAAAACUCGAAGAUGCCCAGAACAGACUUGCUAUCAAACAGCUCAUCAAAGAGAUUGGGGAGCCUCGCAAUUAUGGCCUAACAGAUGAAGAAAAGGUCGAAGUGGAAAAGAAGGCUGCGGAGGAACGCCUGGCCAAGGAGGCUGCUGAGACAGCAGAGCGUGAGCACAAGGAGGCCAUGGAGAUGGCAGAGAAGAUAUCCCGCUGGGAGGAGUGGAAUAAACGGCUGGAGGAAGUAAAAAGAGAAGAGAGGGAGCUGCUGGAGGCUCAGUCCAUCCCCCUGAGAAACUACCUGAUGACUUACGUGAUGCCCACGCUGAUGCAGGGGCUCAAUGAGUGUUGCAAGGUGAGACCCGAGGACCCCGUGGAUUUCCUGGCAGAAUAUCUAUUCAAGAACAAUCCUGAAAUGCAGUAAAGAUUCAUCAAUGUUGGGUCAUGGAGCUUCAGAGGGAGAGCUCAAGUUAAACUUGCAAUCUGAAAAACUGCUUUUGAAAA